CUUCCGGUUUUGUUUUGGCUAACCGUGUAAAAGUCGACGCAGCCGCUCGCUCUCGCGCUCAGCCCCGACCAACAGAAGUCACUCGGUGUCGGAGUGUCUGGCUGCGGAAGACAACAACUGAACACUACCACCAGCGCCGAGUGCCCUCAUGAACCUCCAGCUGUUACUAACCGAACAGUCUUUCUUUCAUUUUUAAAAAACAUUAUAUUCCCAGUCCGUCGGUACCUGCUACUCCUGCUCUCCCCCGAGUGUGAGCGAGCGAGUGCGCGCGCACGCGCGCGUGUUUUUCUGAAUAGACUUAAAGUCGAGGUGCUCGGCCGAGUAAAUUAACGGAUCCAAAAAUCAAGCCAAAUAAAAACGGACGACAGCUUCGAGGGGCGGGUGAAAUGCACGUGCACCCCCUCCGUCUCGCGAGGAGGGAGCCCGACGCCGAGCGGUAGUGUUCUCUCUUCCGACAAAGAGGCGAGGAAUGCGAUCUGAGCACCGAUGUUUCACUGGGGCAAGUGGAAGAAGAGGAUGGGGGCCAACAGCUCUUCAAAGAGACCCGUGUUCGACGAGAAGGAAGAUGUGAACUUUGAUCACUUCCAGAUAUUGCGGGCCAUUGGGAAAGGGAGCUUUGGAAAGGUAUGCAUCGUGCAAAAGAGGGACACGGAGAAGAUGUACGCCAUGAAGUACAUGAACAAACAGCAGUGCAUAGAGAGAGAUGAGGUCCGAAACGUCUUUAGAGAGCUUGAGAUCCUACAGGAAAUUGAACAUGUUUUUUUAGUAAAUCUCUGGUACUCGUUUCAGGAUGAGGAGGACAUGUUCAUGGUGGUGGACCUCCUGCUGGGAGGAGACCUGCGCUACCACCUGCAGCAGAGCGUUCAGUUCAGCGAGGACGCUGUCAAACUCUACCUCUGUGAGAUGACACUGGCGCUGGACUACCUGCAGAACCAGCACAUCAUCCAUAGGGAUGUCAAGCCGGACAAUAUUCUUCUGGAUGAGCAAGGUCAUGCUCACUUGACGGACUUCAACAUCGCAACAAUAAUAAAGAACGGAGAGAGAGCCACAGCCUUAGCUGGAACCAAGCCCUACAUGGCCCCAGAGAUCUUCCAGUCCUUUGUAAGUGGGGGGACGGGUUACGCCUUUGAAGUAGACUGGUGGUCACUAGGGGUGACAAUCUUCGAAGUGCUGCGUGGAUGGAGGCCCUACGAUAUCCAUGCCAGUAACUCAGUGGAGUCCCUGAUUCAGCUCUUCAGCACAGUCAGUGUGCAGUACAGUCCCGCCUGGCCCAAGGACCUGGUUUCCCUCUUGAGGAAGCUACUGACAGUGAACCCAGAGCAUCGUUUCUCCAGUGUGUCCGACAUGCAGAACUCUCCCUACCUCGCUGACGUCAACUGGGACACUGUAUAUGAGAAGAAGAUGGAGGCCGGAUUUGUCCCUAAUAAAGGUCGCCUCCACUGCGACCCCACCUUUGAACUGGAGGAGAUGAUCCUGGAGUCGCGUCCCCUUCACAAGAAGAAGAAGAGGCUGGCCAAGAACCGGUCUCGGGACAACAGCAAGGAUUCGCAGUCUGAGAACGACUACUUACAGGAGUGCCUUGAAGUGGUGCAGCAAGAGUUCAUGAUCUUCAACCGUGAGAGGUUGAAAAGGCGCCAGGAUGAGGGCCAGUCAGAAGCCGGGGGUGAUGAUGCCAGUGGAGAUGGGGACAGAGAGGCCGAAGCCGGGGCCACCGAUGACGACGCACCCGAGCCAGAACCUGAACCUGAGCCCGAGCCCGAGCCCGAGCCCGAGUCCUCCUCCAAGCUGAGCAUGUGCGGCUCCGUCUGCUCCUCCCCCGGCAGCUGCUAGCACCACAUCGCCUCACAGUGACUGACGAUUGCAGGCUGACGCGUUUGUGCCAUACUCGUAGAUACGUUCUCACCGCUCUCCUCUAUUGUAGCUAGGAGUAGAGGAAACACACAGCAGGGCAACUUGAAGCACAGCAGGACCUAAAAUGGCUCCCACCAUUUCCCUUAUCUUUUCUUUCCCCCUGUAGCAUCCUUCCGGUAAGGCAUGAAUGAAGCAGAUUUCCAGAGAGUCCCCGCCUACUGUAUCCUCCCCGCCCUAGAGUAAGCUCUAACUUCUAUGCAAUGUUACAGUAUAGCAUGACAAAUAAGGUAUCACUUACUAGGAGGUGUUCUUCAGAAGCAGAGAGCUCCACAGGCAUGAUGACAUCCCGAGCAAUAGCAGUGCACGGUUUUAGUGGGGUAGGUGGUUUUGGUGGAGACGUCGCCCCUCUCAGCCUUUCCUGUUCAAAAUCUGAUGGAGACGACUGAAUUAUUUAGCACACGCAGGCACUCAAGCUUAUUUUUUAUUGCCUGUGUCUUCUGCCCUCGGCCCUUUUCAUGUAACGUGUGCCCUAAUUCGGAAAAAUAGUUUUUCCUUAUUCUCCUGGAGCGCCUUCCUCCUGUUGCAACACCUUUCUUAGACACUUUUACAGGAAGUGUUCGGGUCUGUUUUACAGUCGGCCAGGACAGUGUGGCUGGUUUCAUGUUGUAAACCUGUUUAAAGUGGUGCCUGUUGAUGAUAAUCAGUAUUUGUUGAUAACGUUGUAGCCAUGGACUAUGGGUAAGAAUGCUAGUUUGGUAUUCCUCUUAAAGCAUUAGCAAACUAUUAUUUUUCAAAGCUUUUUUUUUUUAGGAUGACAGGAUAUUGUAAUUUAUGGGAAUUUAGUGCAGCAAUCAGAAUGAAAGGUUUUGCUUGUCACUGUGUCUGUAAUGGUUAUCAAUAUCUAGUGUUUUAGCCCUGCACCGUGCUCUUAUUCAAAGAGCAUUCAGAAACUUUGCUCUGGGGAAUAAAUACAAAUAAGCAACAGUCACAUCCUGUAAUAAUUAAUUAGAAAGCUCUGUUUGUUUCACUUGAUAUCAUCAUCAUCCGUUUAAGUGCUUGGUUAGUGUAAAGAUCAUCUCCCUCUAGAGUUUAUUUUGGGGCCGUACCUAAAUGUGUAGCUGCGUCCUGUUGGUACUUCAAAUUGUAUGGAUGAGAUAGUCUAUUACUUGUCAUCGUAAUAGUGUAACAUUUAAGGUGGCACCAUCAAUCUCAGUGUAACCAUCUGGGAAUAUGUAGCAAAGGUCCACCUUAAAACCCUGAGGCCUAAUAAAAUGAAAACCAUGUAAAUAGCAUUCAGUGUAGGUAAUUAAACUCGCCACAGUUUUAUGUGGGACUGCGAACUCGACAUAUAAAACUAAAGGAAGAGCUGUGUGAGGCUUCACACUGCUUCAUUCCUCUCUUCUUUCCAAGUGUGCAGGCACAACUUGUAGGCAAAAUAUGCCAAAGCUUUUCUACCAUUUGCAUAACCAUUUCUAAGGAACUCAAAGUGUGUGAAUGUAUGUCUCCUUUUUCCCAGUCAAACAUUAAGUCAGCGUUCCUUCUGCAAGUGAAAAAAGAAAUAAUAAUACUAUAAUUUAUACAAUCAUAUUGAGAUUAUAUAAAGUUUAUAAUUCAGGUAAGGGGGCGACCUCAAAGCAAUAGUUUUGGGAUGUGCGCCUAUUUCGCUAUCUUUGAAAGAAUGAAAUGAGAAGAUGGCUACCACCACUUGGAGAGCAGAGCUGGAGCCGAGAGGAUGCAAGGCUCCACUUACCCGCCCCUCUACAGCUCAUGAAUUUACAUUUGAACGUAUUUGUUGAAUCCAUUUCCCAAAAGUAAUAUAAAAGUGACAAUUUAUUCAUGUUCUCUGUUCUCGAGCUCUGAGCAGUACGUCUCCAGAUGUGCUGCACAGAAGUUCUGAUUGGUUGCAAAAAGUCCUGUCCGUCAACUCACGGUUACGUCGCAAUUUCCUCGAAAACCGACAAAUUAUACAUUUCUGUGGACAUGUUUUAAAAUGAGGUACAGCAGGUUCAGCUUUGAGCCGAAGUGUUGCGGUGGAUGGAGAGACUGAACUUUGCAGAGGGCCAGUCUGGACGCUCAGGAGACUCUCAGGGGACAGCGAGGCCUCUUUAUCGUAUCGGGAUUAAGUGUUAAAUAUGAGGGCCGGUAAAGUGAAAUACUGGCCAAAGACAAUUAAAUUAAUGAUUUAAAAACUAGCUAACAGCUAAAUAGUUAUACCUUAGCACCGUAGUGGCUAAAAGGUAUUUGAUGGAGGGCCCAUCAGGCAGUUGACAGAGCGGUACGUUAGCAAGGCAUUUAGCCUCAAGUCGAAACACGACAGUUUAACAUGGCGUCAAAGUCCAAAGAUAUAUCCUCUUCUGUAUUAUCCUAACUAUCGGUGGCCAAUCCAUUAACUCUCCAAAGGUGUUUGGUGGUGUUUUUCUCUGUGUGCUUGCUAACGUUAGCCACUGGUGUACCAACAUUCAGGAAAUCACCAGGGGCUAACGUUAAGCUAGCUGCUAACGUUAAGCUAGCUGCUAAAGCAGCGUAAAAUCAAAACUCAAAGUGACAAGUAACGUUGUUUUUUUCUUUUCUUCUUUAAUUUAUAUUUUAGUAAAGUGCACCAGGUGACAAGUAAUUGUUUAGAAUUUUUAAUUUGUCCAAUGGUAGUUUGUGACCUGUGAUAGUCACUUAACCGUAAAACCGUUACGUUGUUAGCAUUAGCUGUACCAAUCGUCUCAUCUCACCCUCGGAAAGAAAGCAAAUAAGUCUACUUCCCAAAAUGUUGAACUAUUUCUAUUAACUAUGAUGAUUAGGUUAAGAAUCUUAUUUUAAAAGUGGCACCUUCCAAGUUUGCCAAAAUGUACGAUGAGUUUAAUACUGUCAAGCCCUGCGCGCUUUUUUCUUUUCUUUUUUCUUUUGCAUGUACCUUAACAGUAUAAGCCUGUUUUUUGCCAAGGCCUUGAGCUUUAAGCCUUACUGGCUGAUUUGUGCAUGCACAAGCUUUUGGUAUUAGCAUACCUCGAUACUCGCCGGAUUAUUGACACGGUCCAAAACUGACCUGUCGCUGGACAGUGAGUUUUGUGAACUUUAAAACUGUAUAAAAUCCUAUAAUCCCAGUGUUCGUUGGACGGCAUGAUAUUUCUAGGUGAUAUGCAGUACCCCUCGGCCUCCUGUAGGGCGUCUUAACGCUCUGCUGGAGUGUACGGGCGCGUGGCCUUGCUGUUUGAGUUAGAUUGAGGUCAGCAGCUGUGUGUGAUGCUCUUGUCGUGGGUUAAGUGUUGCGUCCAUGUUUGUGCGGCAAAGGAAGAAGACAUUUGGAACUGGGGCAGGCUUUUUCACUUCACCCCGACACAGACAUUUGCUGCAUUAUUCAAACACUGAAUGUCUCCAUUUGUGCAAGAGGAAUCUCAGUUAUUUCUAAGACUGCACACCAUCAGAAUCAACAUUGGCUUGAGGUGGAUGUGUAACUAUAUGUUAAUCAUUUGUAAAUGGGUAAAAACUCACUCUUGACAGUUCAUUUAAGUGCAGCUUUUCUCUGAGUUACAAUACUAUUUUGGCAUUUGUUCUUUGAUAUCAGUGAUCAUUCCUGAUAGGACCGUGCUCGCGAACCCUUCCGACACGUUUCUUUGUGUGUUAUUGUCCUGGAUGCUGUUAGGUGUUUCCCAAAAAAAAAAAAUGGCAUUGUGCUAGUGUUUGGCCGGCAACAGCAUGUCUCCUAUGAUCGAUGCUCUCAAUGCGUUCCAUACUGUAGAUGUCUUACCUCUGUGGAUACAGUUUGAAACUCAGUGCCCUGUUGAAAGAAAAGAAAAAAUCAAGAAGAAAAUGUGAUUUAUACCACUCUUUUCCUCCUUGUGAUCCUAUUUUGCAUAAUGUUAAUGUGCUGUAGGAUUUAUUUUUUUUCCACAGGGAAAGCCUUGUUACUGUACCAACUGAAAUUGCUCUGUGUUUAAAACAUGCUGCUUUAACUGCUUUGAUAAAGAAAUAAAACUCCUUCCAGUCAUUUUA